AUGCCUCGUUCUUCUCGUACAGGCGCAUUAGUUUUUGAUCCAGAAAUCGAGAAGACCGCACGAAAGUUGAAGAAGCAAGCUAAGGAGUGGAAAAAGAAAUCUAAUUCUGCUCCACCGAGUCUUGAGGAUCAAGAAGAAAUUGAAGAUCCAAUGGGUGACCGUAACAAUAGGGAUGAGGAGAACGAUAGAGAGAUCGUUGAUCCUCGACAGGAACCACCUCAACUGAUCAGAGAGUUAGGCCGUCAUAGAAGCAAUCGCCCUUUGUGCAUUGUCCUUCCUGCCAUUAAUGGCAACGCUGAAAUACGGCUUGGUUUCAUUCAAGUGCUACCCAAAUUCGGUGAUUUACCUGGAGAGAGUGCACACAAGCAUCUGGCUGAAUUUGAUCUAGUUUGCUCAACUCUACGCCCUCAUGGUUUUACUGAAAAUAAUUUGAGGCUAUUGCCUUUUUCUCAUACUUUGCAGGGUAGAGCGAGAGAUUGGCUUUUUGAUCUUCCUCCUGGUUCGAUUAGAACUUGGGGAGAUUUAGAAGAACAAUUCUUGCGAAAAUUCUUUCCUGAGUCCAGAGCUGCAAAUUUGAGAAUGGCCAUUAGCAGCAUUAAACAGAAGAAGGCGGAGAGUCUAGCCGAUUAUUGGGAGAGAUUCCAACAGCUAUGUCGCAAGUGUCCUGAUCAUGGAUUUUCUGACUACCAAUUGCUUACUAACUAUUUUUAUCGUGGUAUGUCUUCUUUUGAUAGGAAAAUUGUUGACGCUGCUUGUGGUGGAAGCUUGACCAAUAAAACUUUGGACGAAGCAAAGCAACUCAUCGUUGACAUGGUUUCAAAUGGCCAACAAUAUGAGGAUGAGGAUGAUGAUCGUUAUAGGCCAGUGCAGAAAGUAGAAGAUUCCAACAUGAACGAGAGAAUUGAUGCUCUCACCUCUUUAGUUAGAGGACUUGCUGAUAAUAAUACUGAGCAAGCGUGCAUGGGAUCCGCUGAUGAGCAAGAGAUGAACGCACAAAGGCAAAGGCGAAACGACCCUUUUUCCAACACCUACAAUCCAGGGUGGAGAAAUCACCCAAAUUUUAGGUGGAGACAGCAGGAACCAGGGAUGUACGCGCCGAAUCCGCCGCAGGCUGGACAGUAUGCUCAUACCGCACGUCCUGCACCGAGUUCUGCACCCAAUAUGAACGAUAUCAUGAAGAGCCUCGCCCAGAGCAGUGAAAUUGUGAAGAAUUUGGUGCAAAGUCAGCAGGCAUUCCAGCAUGAAACUCAGGCAGCGUUGAGUAAUAUGGGCACACAGAUCACGCAGUUAGCCACUCAGGUGAACAAGCUGCAGGCGAAUCAAGGCCGACUUCCUUCUGUCACGGAGAUGAAUCCCAAGGAAAAUGCAAGUGCUGUAACUACAAGAAGUGGGAGAAUUCUAGCUGAGCCACAACCUAAGCAGCAGGACAAAGAAGAAAAGCCCGAUGAAGCCAAGGACGAUGCAAUUAGUGAGAAGUCACCAGAAUCCACCGAGCCUAGCUCUUCUAAGGUAAGUGGAAAACCUAAGGUUUCAAUUCCUCAAUCACUGAUUGCACCACCUUUUCCUUCUAGGUUGGCUCAGAACAAGAGAAUUGAAGAAGAGAAGGAUAUUCUAGAAAUCUUCAAGAAGGUAGAAAUAAACUUGCCCUUGCUUGAUGCAAUUAAGCAAGUUCCCAGGUACGCAAAGUUUUUAAAAGAGUUAUGCUCUAAGAAAAUGAAGUUUGGGAAUGAUGCGAGAAUUCGAGUGAGUGAGAAUGUUUCUGCUGUUCUUCAAAGAAAAUUGCCCCAAAAGUGUCGAGAUCCUGGUAUGUUCACCAUUCCAUGCAUUAUAGGUAAUAAGACUGUUGAGAGAGCCAUGCUAGAUUUAGGAGCAUCCAUAAAUGUCAUGCCUUAUUCUGUGUAUAAGGAUUUGCAAUUAGGACCUUUGAAAGACACUCGUGUAAUCAUUCAGUUAGCUGAUAGGUCUACUGCAUAUCCCGAAGGUGUUGUUGAGGAUGUCCUUGUCAAGGUCAAUGAUUUGAUUUUUCCUGUGGAUUUUUAUAUUGUUGAUAUGGAUGAUUCUGCCUCUGCUAAGUAA